AAUAGCGUGAGGAUUACGUUCCUAUGAAAGAAAAAGUUCGAAACUUAAUUUUUGGGUGCAUCUCAGUUUUGGGAGGCGUUCUAAUCCAUUUUGCCUUUGGUUUCUUCUAUAGUACUGCUAACAUUGUACCCUAUAUUAUUAGUUACAUCGUAGUACGGGUUGACCCGGAAUUGCCAAAUACAUCAUCAGUUUGGAUAUCUGGUAUUGCUUUGGCUAUGCAGGGCGUUUCUAUGCCAUUUGGUGGAUUGAUUGCCAGGAAGUGGGGCUUUCGUAUUGUUGUUGCUGUCAGUUGUUUACUUGAUAGCAUUAGUAUUUUUCUGACUUACGUCACUGUACAGAGGUCCUUUCCUGGAGUCAUCAUUACGUAUUCUGUGCUGCAAGGGUUGGGUCUGGGUUUUGGCUAUUCCGUAGUAUUGUCUGUGGCCGCAACGUGGUUUCCAAAACGACGUGGUCUCGUAGUUGGUGUGAUUGUUGGUGGCUUUGGCUUAGGAGCCCUGGUGUUCACUCCGAUCGAAACUGCUUUAAUCAAUCCAAGCAAUAUCCCUGUUGACCCGAAAACAAGGCAUUUUACGCAUCCUGAUAUCCUUGAUCGGGUUCCAGUUGCGUUUUUGAUUCUUGGUGGUAUUCUUCUUGCAUUACAAAUAAUUGGAUUUAUAUUAUUGCGUCCAAAACCACUUGAAAGUACACAAGAUCGAGACACAGAACUGGUUGUGCGAAAUAGAAUAAAUUCUGAUCCUAAUCCAGUUAUCGGACGUUUGCGUUCAACCCAAACAAUUGUUUCAUUAUAUAGACUUUUAUCUUUUAUGCUGUUUGGUGCUCAGUAUAUUGAUGAUGACCAAUUCUUAUCCAUUGUGGCUACAUUUUCAUCUCUUUUCAAUGCCGGUGGUCGUGUUAUUUGGGGUGCCAUUGUUGAUCGAUUAUCCUUUAAGAUACCAAUGAUGAUCAUGCUUGUAAUUUGGGCAAUAGUGCUAUUAUCAUUCCCACAUAUUGGAUCACUGUCAAGUGUUGGAUUAAAAGUUAUGUAUGCUAUUUGGGUAUUCAUUUUGUUUUUUUCGCUGAGUGGUGUUUUUGUCAUUCAACCUGCGGCUACUGGGAUUCUGUUUGGCCCUUUAAAUAUGGCGGUGAAUUAUGGGAUAAUUUUCACUGGAUUUACGGUUGGCAGUAUUCUCUGUGCGAUCAUUACAUACUUCAUUAAUACCCCGAAUGCUUAUUUGGUACAAUUUACUGGUUGUGGUUGCGUGUGCAUAGUUGCUCUAAUCGCCAGCGUUUGGAUAGAAGACCGAAAAAUGUCAAAGCGUUGUAAAAUCUGCAAUUGUUGCACUACUAUGUGUAAAUCUCUACGAGUUGGAUAUCAUGGUAUUGAAGGUACAGAGGCAAUAUUAGAUGAUACAAGUUGA